AUGAAAACUAGACUCUCUGCAAUACCUGGUACACCCAGGAGGAGGCAAAAGAUGUUUCUAGCUGGAUUAGUUGUUUGGCUAGUUUAUAUGCUGCUACCCUGGCACCGGCUGGAGGACGAUGGCGUUGCCGCCUACGAGACGGAGCGGGCCAUAGAGGAGGAGCUGGCGCGGGCGUUCGCCAGCGUACCGACGACCCAGAAGUCGGUGGACGAGUGCCCAAACUACGGGCUGUACGCGAAGGUGCCACACUACAGAAAUGGCGCGCCGAAGACGCCGCUCAACCUUCCAUACCAACGGCCGCCCAAGCGCUGCCGGACGUUUACGUCGGCGAGCGUGGACAAGUUUAUCCGGGAGUUUGUGGCGCUCUUGAAGGACCCGGACCUCGCGAUCCUGUUUGAGAACACGUUCCCCAACACGUUGGAUACGACCAUCUUGUGGCAUGUGACCAGCGAGGAAAGCCGCGAGCUAGAGCAGGCCAGCGAGGAAAUCGCGGGCAUGCCGGGGCGCGGCCACCGACGGCUAGCCAGACAGAAAAAGGCGCAGCCGGAGACCUUCAUCGUGACGGGGGAUAUCCACGCAGAGUGGCUCCGGGACUCGGCCUGGCAGCUUUCUGUGUACCAGCGGUUCAUCAAGUCUGACCCGGCCUUGCGCGAGCUCAUUAAGGGCGCGAUCAACACACAAGCGGAGUAUGUGAAAGGCAACCCCUACUGCAAUGCAUUCCACCCGCCGCCACACAGCGGGGUCGAGCGCGGCCGCAGCUCCAUCGACGACGUGCUCCCGCUGCCAAACUGGGAACAAGUGUUCGAGUGCAAGUACGAGAUCGACUCGCUCGCCUCGUUCUUGACCCUUUCGCGCCAGUACCACGAGAACGCGCCCGACGACAGCAGAUUCGACUUCAUCACGGAGGACUGGCUAGCGGCCGUGAAGGAGAUCAUGAAGCUCGUCAAGGCGCAGUCGAUGUCGACCUUCACGGACACCGGCCACGUGCAGCCGGUGACCUACAAAUUCCAGCGGAGCACCAAGAUCGCCUCCGAGACUUUGCCCUUGGCUGGUACAGGGAAUCCAGUCAACCACAAUACCGGCCUCGUGCGGUCCGCGUUCCGGCCGAGCGACGACGCCACCAUCUUCCAGUUCUUCGUCCCCGGCAACGCCUACAUCGCCGUCGAGUUGGAACACCUCACCGCCAUCCUCCAGAGCUACUUGGGCGACGACGCCGCGGCCGCCCCGGCCCGCAAGAUGCGCAGCCCGUUCUCCACCGACAUCCUGGGCUUGCUCGAGGAGGCGCGCCAGCUCUCGGCGCGUAUCAGAGACGGCAUCAUGGAGCACGCCGUGCUCGAGCACCCCAAGUUCGGCCGGGUCUUCGCCUACGAGGUCGACGGCUACGGCAGUCACUUGUUCAUGGACGACGCCAACAUCCCCUCGCUUCUCUCACUCCCGGACCUCGGCUUCGUCUCCAAGGACGACGCCGUCUACCGCAACACGCGCAAGAUGAUCCUAUCCACCGAGGGCAACCCGUACUACCUCAACGGGGAGCAUUUCCAGGGCAUCGGCGGCCCGCACAUCGGCCUCCACAACGCCUGGCCGAUGAGCUUGCUAGUCCGCAUCCGUACCUCGGACGACGAUGAGGAGAUCAUGCACUGUCUAGACAUGGUCAUGAAGAACACCGGCGGCCUUGGCCUCAUCCACGAGUCCGUGAGAGCGUUCCACCCCGACGGCCUUGAGUACACCCGUUCCUGGUUCGCCUGGGCCAACUCGGAGUUCGCCAAGACCAUCCUAGACCUUGCAGAGCGUAAGCCCCACCUCAUAUUCAACCAGGAGGACGCUGCUACGAAGUUUCGCUUGGAGACGUUUCUCUCGCAGAGCGCAUCUGUAUAG